AUGUCUCCAGAUCUCAGAGUACGAAGAGCGGGAGAGACUAAAGUCGAGCCACAAAGCGACAUAGUCUUGGACAAGGGCACCGUCCGAGUCCAGGAAAAUGUAGUUUCCUACUCAGAUGCGGAUGUCAAGCGACUUCUGAGACGCUUGGACUUCUGGUUUCUACCAGUCCUAGCCAUCUCAUACCUCUUGCAAUACUGGGACAAGACUCUUUUGGGCCAGGCAGCCUUGUUUAACUUGACUACUGACUUGAAACUGAUCACGGUGAUUGGUUACAAUGCCGAAGGCAAACCCAUCACCAACAGUGACAAAUACUCGAGAGUCUCGUGGAUUUUCUAUGUCGGAUAUCUCGUCGCAACAUAUCCAAUGUCUCUUCUCGCUCAAAGAUUUCCUACCAUGAAAGUCUGCGCGGCCAGUAUGAUGGUAUGGGCUGUCGUGAUGAUGAGCACCGCUGCGUGCAGCGACUACGCACAGCUGAUGAUAAAUCGGUUUUUCCUGGGUGUCUGCGAGUCGGCCAUUGCACCAGUCUUUACUGUCUAUAUGACAUUCUGGUAUACACCCAAAGAGCAACCUUUCAGGACUGCGAUCUGGUACUGCAUGAGUGGAUGCGCCGGAGUUGUGACCCCAUUGAUAUCCUGGGGCAUUGGACAUAUCCAUGGCUCCUUCGGAGCAUCCACGUGGAAAUACAUGUAUCUCAUUGCCGGUGCAACUACGUUCGCCUGGGCAAUCGUGGUCAUGGUGGUGAUGCCUGAUGACCCACAGCGAGCUAAAUGGAUCAACGAUCGAGACCGCGCCAUCAUUGUGGCUCGACUCAAAAUUCACAACGUCGGCACUGUUGACCGUCAUUUCAAGAAAGACCAGGUCUGGGAGGCAUUGACCGACUUUAAUUCCUGGUCCAACAUGUUCUUUGCCGGAGUCAGCAGCAUUCCCAAUGGUGCCUUCUCGUCAUUCGCUACGCUCGUCAUUUCAGGGCUUGGCUAUAGCAACUUUCAGGCCUUGCUCUUGCUGAUGCCUGUGGGAGGAGUGGCAGCCACUGGAUUCCUCAUAGCCGGAUGGAUCACUCGACGUUUCCAAGGCUGGCGCUACUUUAUGAUCCUUAUCCUCUGCACACCGGCUUUAGCAGGCUCACUGAUGUGUUGGAAAAUUUCUAGAAACAAGCCAGGCGCGUUAUAUGCUGGGCUGGUCAUGAUGCCCCUUGAAAUCGCCACCAACUCUAUUGCGAUUGCCAUGGUCGCGUCAAAUACCGCAGGCCACACGAAAAAGGCAACUGUCUCUGCCAUGGCAUUCAUUGGGUAUUGUGUAGGCAAUAUCUUGGGCCCAGUGGUCUUCAGCUCGACGCCAGGGCCUCUAUACCUUGGCGGAUGGAUUGCGUGCGUUGUCUGCAUUAUCUCGCUGAUGGUACUUGCCGUCUUUGCACGAUGGUACCUUGGUCACGAAAAUUGUCGCCGCGACAGCGUGUAUGGUGCCCCUGGCCCCUUGACAGAUGUGGACGGCGCAGAAGAUGAAGCAGAGGGACAUAUGGAUAUCACAGACCGAGAGAACAAAAACUUUCGGUAUCAAUUGUGA